AAAGCCCAUAGUUGUCGGUAGGGUUCCGCCGGGCAGGGUCCACAGUUGGUCUCCCAAAAUUGGUUCCAUGGGCAGUGAUGUCCAGAUCCGCCGGAUAUGAUCUCCGCCACAUCGAGAUUGACAUCCUUUGGCAGGGGUACUGUUGGGUCUAAAUUGUUGUGCAACACGAUUGUCGCUGAACAGAGGGGAAGGACUUAUUCCCCAUGCAGCGCCUACUUUACCCCAUGCUCCAGAACCCUGAGAAUCUACUAGCAACGUCCUCAUGCAGGUGUAGC